AUGGAGGAACCACAGAUUGCAGCUGAUGGAUUCACGUACGAGAAAAGAGCGAUCUUAGCGUGGCUUGAGACACAUAACAUUUCGCCGGUGACUAGACAAAAGCUAGACCACUUCAAGUUAACACCGAACAAUACACUCCGGUCUGCGAUCCACGAUUGGAAGUCAAGAGCGGUUUUCUGA